UCACCGGCUCCAGGCUGUGGGGUUUGGAAUCUGCGCACGGGGCCCAUUAGCUUUUGGCAAAGGGAUUGCAGCUUGGUUCAUACUUUCCGCUUGCAACGUCGCCUCCCUUCCUUCCCAGCUGGGAGACAGGAAGUCAACACACGGAGGGUGGGGUCCGGGAGGCCGGAUCUCACGAGCCGCGGGGCUGUGGCCUGCACGGGGGCUCCUUCCUGCGGCUGCCAAGGAUGGAGAGCCGGUGGGGCCUCCUCUGUGUCACGGUGCUGGGCUUUCUGAUGCAUGUACAAGGUCAGCGUGACUUCGACUUGGCCGACGCUCUGGAUGACCCCGGCUCUAUUCAGUGCCUUGAUAUUUUCACGUUUUGUAAAGCUGUUCACGGUUCUUUCUGUGAGCCGGGGGACAAGUCUUCGAUGCUGAUCAGAUUUCUUGUCUCUCUUUGUGCACAGAACCCACCAAGAAGCCAAGCUCAGAUAUCUACCCAAAGCCAAAACCCCCGUACCGCCCCCAGCCCGGGAUGUCGGACGACAGUGGAAGUAAGAAUUCUCAGCCUUUGGGUUCCUUUCCAACCUGGUUUCAUGAAACCCACUUUGUCUUUGUUGGGGGGCAGGGGGCUGUCAUCGGGCUGCUUUUGAAAUGAGGAGCAGCUCACUCUGCUGGAGACUGAGUCACGGUCCUAAGCAGAGGGAGCCAGAAGUUUGAGCCGACAUCGCUCACUUUAUUUCCCGUUGCUCUGAGCGCUGGAAGAUACCACGUGCUCGGGGGGUAUUGUACGCUCUUGGGAUGGAUUUUUAAUUAGGCUGAGGACAAGUUCCUUUCCCGCUCGUUUGCAGGGUUCCAAAUCACGUCCCGUUCAAAAAGCCCACUUGUGUGCACUGUGCAUUGCAAGUCAUUUACCCUCUGGGUCUCCUUGGCUUCAAAAACCUGGCAGAUGCUGUUCCCAUAGAUUUCUUUAAAAAAUAAAUGAAUAAAAUAAAAGGAAACGUUGUCAAUAAAGUCCUUAGCAAUCCAACAGUGCCAAAAACCUUAAACCUGCACAGAAUUUAAAUGAAUUGUGAUCCUUGUUUUAUGUCCCUUUGUUGUCUCUGUCCAAGGAGAGCCUUGUUGUAUUUUAGGUGAUUUCA